AUGUUUAGCAGUGAAAGUAUGUAAGAGCAUAUUUUGUAUGACAAAAUCUAUUAAUACCUAUGGGUUAAAUCAGAAACUGCCAACCCUCCUGCCAUCCUCAUUCCUGAUACCGUCAUUCUUAUUCGUUCUAUGCCCAUCUACUGGUAUUACACUGAUAAAGAAACAGGAGAAAUAAAAAAGAAAAUGAGAAAGAAUGUUACGAAAUAAAACAUUAAACAAACCUGGAAUCAAUAAGUUGGCAGAGGAGGUGUGGUUGCAUACCUUUUACAUUUUAUGUAUGCGUUGUUCCAUACUAAUUUGCAAGUGAUAAUUUAGAUCUGAAUUACCCUCCAGAAAAGUUUUCAAUAAGCGGUUAAAUCCAAGUGAUCUACUUUGAUGUUGAAGGAUUCAAUAAAUUUAUGGACGGGCACUUCGAAUUGCCUUUUGGUAUUCUGUAACAAUUCAUCGAACCAGCAGAUGAUAGGAAUUGUAAUAUAAGAAGUGAUUAUUGAAUAGCCCAAAUUUAGGCUUUUUGGAGUAAAUCAGUCACACUAUUCACAAAGAGAGUUUGCAAGAAAUCUUUCAUGAACAAGUCGAUGAAUAUUUACGAACGACAUUGUACUUUUGAAGGACCAGAAUAUUUCAGUGAAGCAAGUAUGUAUAUAUUGUUGAUAGUUUAAUUAAAGCUUAAGUGAAAGAUUUCUAAUCUUAGAGAAUCUCUGAAUAAAUAGAUAAAAUGAUCUCUCAUUUAGAUGCCAUCUCAUAUGGGAAAUUAAAUAUCUCAUAAGGGACAUUCUAUUUCAAAGUUGAUAAGAAAGCAAGAUGUUGGUUUUUAUUUUGUGGGAAUUUGAAAUUUGAAGAUGAUAAACAAUUAAAAAAUCUUCCAAAAGAUCUUUAUACUUAAUCUCAAAUAAAAGUAUAUUAUCAUCCUAUAAAAAAAAAGAUACCAAAAUCAAUAGAUAAUUUGAUGUCUGUAUAUAAUUCUAGACCUCUAUAAUUAAAUAGAGAACAUAAAUGUAUUAGAUGUGGUUAAUUGGAAAAGGGAUCAAAUUUUGUAGAAGUUCCAUAUCAUUUUUUAAUUGAUUUUCAUGAAAAUCCACUUCCAGUUGAAUAGUGGCCUCUCGAAGUUAAAAAAUCAGCAAAAUAAGUUAAAUUAAGUGGUGCAAAUUAAGAGAAGAUUGCAUAUGUGAAUACUAUAUCUCAAAUUCCAAUGACUUUUUAGAAAAUACAUGAAUAAUUGAAUAUUUAAAACUAUUCAGAUUUUAAGUAAUCUCAAGGAUUCAAGUAUAAAACAAUAGCAGUUUGUUUAGAUUGCUAUUUCUUAAUGGGUAUAAUGAAAUAUAAUAUAUUAAAGUUGAAAAUUAAGAGAGAAUUGCUAUGUAAGAAGUAACAUAAAAGGAGAAAACAAGUAUACCAAGAGUGAAAUCUAAGUAAUUUUAAAGAAAAGAAUAAAAUCUUAAUCAAUUUCUCAAUUCUACUCAUUUAUUCAAAUAAGUGAAAUCAGUUAAGAAUAUAAAAAUAAAACCAAUAGCUUCUCAGACUCCAACUCCAAAAUAAAAUACAAUAUAAAAGUAUGUAAAUUUGAGAUUGACAAAUUGUAAAUCAAUAACACCAAUAAAAUAUUCAAUUGAAGUACCUUCAACUGCAGAUUAUUUGUCUCGAAAGACAAAAUCUACAUAUUAGGAUUUGAGUACAACUUACAAAUUCAAAAAUAGCAGAGACAAUUAUAAUCAAUCAUUAUAAGAGAGAUAAUAAAAUAGAUUGAUAGAAAUUAAAGAUGAAUAAGAAUAAUGA